AAGGUCACAGCAGGAAGCAUACGUGACGUCAUCGUCAUCAUCCGCAGGUUCCCCUUCGUCGUCGAGAGGUUCCGCAGCUCGGAGGACAAUUAAGAUGGGCAACCGGGGAAUGGAGGAUCUGAUCCCGCUGGUCAACCGGCUGCAGGACGCCUUCUCGUCCAUCGGACACAACUCCAGCCUGGACCUGCCUCAGAUCGCGGUGGUGGGCGGCCAGAGCGCCGGCAAGAGUUCGGUUCUGGAGAAUUUCGUGGGCAAAGACUUCCUGCCCCGUGGUUCUGGGAUUGUCACUCGGCGCCCCCUGGUGUUGCAACUCAUACACUGUGCCACAGAGUACGCAGAGUUCCUGCACUGCAAAGGGAAAAAGUUCACCGACUUUGAAGAAAUCCGCCAGGAAAUCGAGGCAGAAACUGACCGAGUGACGGGACAAAACAAAGGAAUCAGUCCAGUUCCCAUCAACCUGAGAGUCUACUCGCCCAAUGUGUUGAACCUCACCCUGGUGGACCUCCCCGGGAUGACCAAAGUCCCAGUCGGAGACCAGCCGGCCGACAUCGAGCAGCAGAUCCGAGACAUGCUGAUGCAGUUUGUCACCAAGGACAACUGCCUCCUGUUGGCCGUCUCUCCCGCCAACUCAGACCUCGCCAACUCCGAUGCUUUGAAGAUCGCCAAGGAGGUGGACCCUCAAGGUCUCAGGACCAUCGGUGUGAUCACCAAACUGGACCUGAUGGAUGAAGGAACUGAUGCCAGAGACAUCCUGGAGAACAAACUUCUGCCGCUUCGCAGAGGUUACAUCGGAGUGGUCAACCGCAGUCAGAAAGACAUUGACGGCAGGAAAGACAUCACGGCGGCCUUGCAGGCGGAGAGGAAGUUCUUCAUGUCCCACGCGUCAUACCGGCACCUGGCCGACCGCAUGGGAACUGCCCACCUGCAGAAAGUUCUCAACCAGCAACUGACCAAUCACAUCAGAGACACGUUGCCCGGGUUACGCACCAAACUUCAGAACCAGCUGCUGUCCAUCGAGAAGGAAGUGUCCGAGUACAAGAACUUCAACCCUGACGACCCCGGUCGCAAAACCAAGGCCUUGCUGCAGAUGGUGCAGCAGUUUGCGGUGGACUUUGAAAAGCGGAUAGAAGGUUCCGGAGACCAGGUGGACACCUGUGAGCUGUCAGGAGGAGCUAAGAUCAAUCGCAUCUUUCACGAGCGAUUCCCCUUCGAACUUGUUAAAUUGGAGAGUGACGAGAAGACUCUUCGUAAAGAAAUCAGCUACGCUAUCAAGAACAUUCACGGCAUCAGGACGGGUCUGUUCACCCCUGACAUGGCGUUCGAGACCAUCGUCAAGCGUCUGAUCAGCACGCUGAAGGAACCGUGUCACAAGUGCAUCGACUUGGUGAUCAAUGAGUUAGUCAACACUGUCAGGCUGUGUGCACUCAAGUUAGCUCAGUACCCCAUGCUGCGCGAGGAGAUGGAGAGAAUCGUCACUCAGCACAUCCGAGACAGAGAAAGUCGCACGAAGGGCCAGGUGAUGCUCCUGGUGGACAUUGAGUUGGCGUACAUCAACACCAACCAUGAAGACUUCAUUGGCUUUGCAAAUGCUCAGCAGAAGAGCAGUCAGGCCAACAAGAAGAAAGCCAGCGGGACUCAGGAUGAGAUCAUGGUGAUCCGCAAAGGCUGGCUGACCAUCAACAACAUCAGCAUCAUGAAGGGCGGAGCCAAGGAAUACUGGUUUGUUUUGACCGCGGAGACCUUGUCCUGGUACAAAGACGACGAGGAGAAGGAGAAGAAGUACAUGCUGCCUGUCGAUAAUCUCAAACUCAAAGACAUCGAGAAGAGUUUCAUGUCCAGCAAGCACAUUUUUGCUCUCUUCAACACCGAACACAGGAACGUGUACAAGGACUACCGCCAGUUGGAGUUGGCCAGUGAGUCCCAGGAGGAGGUGGACAGCUGGAAGGCAUCUUUCCUACGGGCAGGCGUGUACCCUGAACGCACCGUGGAUAAAGACAAGGUGGAGGUGGAGGAGUCCAACACGGACGGACAAAUCCACAGUCUGGACCCUCAACUGGAGAGGCAGGUGGAGAUCGUCAGGAACCUGGUGGACUCCUACCUGUCCAUCAUCCAUCGCACCAUCAAAGACCUGGUCCCCAAGACCGUCAUGCACCUGAUGGUCAACAAUACGAAAGACUUCAUCCACUCCGACCUGCUGGCCCAGAUUUACUCGUGCGCCGACCAAAACACUCUGAUGGACGAGUCCCAGGAGCAGGCUCGGCACCGUGACGACAUGUUGAGGAUGUACCACGCCCUGCGCGAAGGUCUCAACAUCAUCGGCGACAUCAGCACCUCCACCGUCACCACCGGCAUGCCGCCGCCGGUGGACGACUCCUGGCUGCAGGUGACGGGGACGCAGUCGGGCCGCAGGUCUCCCAUGUCCAGUCCCACACCGCAACGUCGGGCACCACCACCCGGCCCCUUGCGCCCGGGCGGUCGGGCCGCACCCGGCGCCCCUUCACGACCCGCCGUGUCGCCUGACACCGGACCGUCCGCACCGUCUCGGCCCAACAGAGGACCUCCACCCGGGGUUCCCAGAAUCUCAGUUAGUGACCAGUGACGUGCCACAUGUCAUCGACCAAUGAGAUCGCUGCUCACCCUGUGACCCCGCCCCUUUCCCGGCAUCAAAAAAAAGAUGAUUGACAGCACUAUUGUCCGGCUGGUGUUGAUGUGUUUACAUGUGAAUCAGGACAAACACAAACAAAACAUGUUUGGUCUGACGUGGGAAAAGUGUGUUUUCAUGUUGUUUGGUGACUGUGACUGUUCAAAUGAUAACUUGUAACUACCGGUUUGCAAUCGCAUCCAUUUUAUUUUGACGUCUUCCGGGUAUCUUAUUUUGAAAGAGCCCCUUUGCCGCCGUGUGUCACACUGCUGCACUUGACUGACUGCCGGUAAGCUAGCAAAAAGAAUACAAGGACAGAUGUCUGCGUUAAGGUGAGUUUAUUUUGGUGUAGUACAGUAGUAAAGUAGUACAGUAGUACAGUAGUCAUGUGCGUGAAACCUCAUAGUUUUUGUACAAGUACAAAGAGUUAUUUAUUGUUUAUGGACCCUGCUCUGGUCAGCAGGUGGCGCUAGCUAACGAGCUAAUAAGCUAAUGUUUCCUUUUUAGUUGUUCCCUCUUGAGUCAAGAUACAUUCAAAAAGAUUCAUCUUUACAAUGUAAAGUUUUUUUAAAAAUGGUUUGGUAUGAAUGAUUAUUCAUUCA